UCUAGUUUUGAAGCCCAGGGCUGCUGGGGGUGUGAGUGACAAGAUUUACAAGUGGCCUUAUUCCAUCUCCAGAAAUUCCUCAGCCGGGUUCUUACUUACACACAGUCCUGAAGUGACAGGAAACAUGCCAACUCAAUCCCUCUUAGUGUAUAUGGAUGGACCAGAAGUUAUUGGCAAUUCUCUUGGCACCCAGAUGGAGCUAGAUGAUGCCAUGUCAAUAAAAGGGACCGCUGCUGUUCCUUUCAGAGCCACGCAAGAGAAAAAUAUUAUCCAAAUUGAAGGCUAUACGCCCUUGGACUGCAUGUUUUGCAAUCAGACCUUCACACACUCUGAAGACCUUAACAAACACGUCUUAAUGCAGCACCGGCCCAUCCUCUGUGAGCCCGCAGUUUUGCGUGUGGAAGCGGAGUAUCUCAGUCCUCUUGAUAAAAGUCAGGUGCGGACAGAACCUCCCAAGGACAAGAGCGGCAAAGACAACGAAGACUUGAGCUGCGAAGUGUGCGGGCAGACGUUCAGAGUCGCUUUUGACGUGGAGAUCCACAUGAAGAAACAUAAGGACUCCUUUACCUAUGGGUGCCACGUGUGUGGACGGAGGUUCAAGGAGCCCUGGUUUCUGAAGAACCACAUGCGAACACACAACGGCAAGUCGGGGGCCAAGAGCAAGCUGCAGCAGGGCUCCGAGAGCCCGGCCACCAUCAACGAGGUGGUCCAGGAGCAGGCCGCUGAGAGCAUCUCCUCUCCUUACAAGAUCUGCAUGGUUUGUGGCUUCCUAUUUCCAAAUAAAGAAAGUCUAAUUGAUCACAGGAAGAUGCACACCAAAGACGCGGCUUCCGGUGGCAGCAGUACGCAGGCGGACGCUCAGCUGGCGGGGGUGCCAGCCCCCCGAGACGAGUUCCUGCAGUUCCUAAACUUGAGGCCCAAAGCGCACCCUGAAACCGGCAAGCAGCCCACCAGAUGGAUACCUCAGCUCGACCCCUUCACCACCUACCAGGCCUGGCAGCUGGCCACCAAGGGCAAAGUCGCCGUCUGCCGGGAGGUGAAGGAGCAGCCCGGGCAGGAAGGAAGCACCGACAACGAUGAUUCGGACAAAGAAGAGCUUGGAGAAAUCUGGAAUGCGAGCAAGAGCCAUCCCGAAGGUUCUGGAAAGUCCAGAACAGGUAGGAGCGGUUGUGCAGGCCUCUCCCAGGAUAAGGAGAAGGCUAGACAUGCCAAUGGUGAAGUGCCUUCCGGGGACCCGGACCCCAAGUUGUCCGGUAACAAAGAGAAGCCCACGCAUUGCUCCGAGUGCGGCAAGGCUUUCAGGACCUACCACCAGCUGGUGCUGCACUCAAGGGUCCACAAGAAGGACCGGAGGAUGGACGCUGAGUCGCCAACCAUGUCUGUGGACGGAAGGCAGCCAAGGACGUGUUCUCCAGACCUCACCGGUACCCUGGACGAAAGCGGAGCCGUGGACCGGGAAGGCGGUUCCGAAGAUGGAUCCGAGGACGGACUUCCCGAAGGGCUCCAUUUGGAUAAAAAUGACGAUGGAGGCAAAAUAAAGCAUCUUACAUCCUCAAGAGAAUGUAGUUACUGUGGAAAGUUUUUCCGUUCAAAUUAUUACCUCAAUAUUCAUCUCAGAACGCAUACAGGUGAAAAACCAUACAAAUGUGAAUUCUGUGACUAUGCUGCGGCCCAGAAGACCUCGCUGCGGUAUCACUUGGAGAGACAUCACAAAGAUAAGCAGGUCGACGCGGCCGCCGAGGUCAAGAGUGACGGGAAAAACCAGGAGACCGAAGAUGCACUACUCACCGCCGACAGUGCGCAAACCAAAAAUUUGAAAAGAUUUUUUGAUGGUGCCAAAGAUGUUAAAGGCAGCCCACCUGCCAAGCAACUUAAGGGGAUGUCCCCUGCCUUUCAGAGUGUCCUGGGCAGCGCUGUCCUCUCGCCAGUACACAAAGAUACUCAGGAUUUCAAUAACGCAGCCGAAGACAAUGUUGAUAAAAUGAGCAAAAACCCUGUCCCUGCUUACUUGGACAUGUUAAAGAAGAGACCAGCCGUUGGACCUCAGGCCAGUAACCUCGUCUGCAGAACAGAAGUGGAUGUCCCUCCUCCUCCUCACCCUGAUGCCACCACCACCCAGAAUGCCGAAGUCGUGAAGGCAGAGGUGGCAGCGGACGGCAGAGUCAAGCCAAGCAUGGACUGUCAAGAAAAACCUUUAAAUCUAUCCCUCGGGGCGCUUCACAGCUGCCCAGCAAUUUCUCUGAGCAAGAGUUUAAUCCCUAGUAUUACCUGCCCGUUUUGUACCUUCAAGACCUUUUAUCCAGAAGUUUUAAUGAUGCACCAGCGACUGGAGCAUAAAUAUAAUCCCGACAUUCACAAAAACUGUAGAAACAAGUCUUGGCUUAGAAGCAGACGCACUGGCUGCCCACCUGCUUUACUGGGAAAAGACGUGCCUCCCUUGUCCAGUUUCCCCAAGCCCAAGCCCAAGCCCACCUUCCCGGCUCAGUCCAAGACCCUGCCGUCAGAGAAGGGGAAGCCCGCCCCCCCGGGGCCAGGUAAAGCCUCUCUGACCUCAGGGACCGACUCUAGCACUUUAGCCCCCAGUAACCUGAAGUCGCACAGGCCACCGUCCAGCGUCGGGGCGCAGGGGGCUCCGGCCGCCAGGCAGCAGCCGUCGGAGGUGUUUUCUAAAAGCGGAGUUUCUCCUGCCCUGGAGAAAACGAAGAGGCCAGAGACGAAGUUCAAAGCCCCGGGCGUCUCCGUGUCCCAGCCGGCGCUGGGCAGCAGCACCAUCAACGGCUCGGACUUCCCAGCCAAGCACGACGGCCCGUGGGUGCCCCCGGGAAGGGACUACUUCUGUGGGCGGAGUGCGGGCGGCGCCGGCCCGGAGCUUGGCGAGCCGCUUCCCAAGCGGCCCAAAGCCGGGCCGGCGGCCCUGGACGCGGAGCAGCCCGGACCUCACUACAGAAGGGGCCUCGACCUGCCGAAGUACCAGGUGGUCCGCGGAAUCACGUCGCUGCUGCCGCAGGAGUACGCGUGCCCGCCACCGGCGGUGCUGCCCCCCAAGCCGCGGUUCCUGGCCUCGGGGGAGAUAGACUCCGCCAACGUGCUGACUGUGCACAAGCCGUACAGCGGCCCGGGCCCGCUGUAUACGUGCGCCCCCGCGGGAGCGGCGGCCGGCGUCGCGCUGGAAGGAAAAAGGCCUGUGUCGUAUCAACACUUGUCUAGCAGCAUGCUGCAGAAGAGGAGCUAUGAGAGUUUUAUGGGGAAUGCACAUUAUCGACCAAAUGACAAAAAAACUUGAUUUCCUAUUUUGGGGAAGAAAGGUCUCGACGAUGGAUGUGUGUUCUCUGCGUGAAGUUAAAUUAGUUCAUCCUUGGAGAAAGCAAGUGGUGAAAGCUACUGAAAUAAGCUGUGAUUGUACUGUACAUAGAACACAGGAACACUACAGUGCUGUAACGUUCUGUUCACUUUUGUACCAAAUAGCAAUAAAAAACUAUAGUUGGAACAGUUGAGUUGUACACAGAUGGAGACUGGAAACCUCUAUUUUGUCCCUGAAUAAUAUUUUUUUUAGAAUUGACCAAAUAAGUGGAGUUUUUGCAUACUUGAGCGCUGCU